AUAAAUAAACGAUUGCGGGUGCGCGUGGUGGAGCAUUCAGGUACUACAACAGUCAACAGACGAAAAGAAGCGGCUCAUUCAUAGUUGGCCUAGAACGUUUACGAGAGUAUAUACCAGGGUAGAUAUGUCAGCAACUAACAGAAACGAAAACGGUGUGGAGGAGAGGCCAACGAGGAAGGAUAUAGAGGAAACAGCUAGCUUUCUAAAGAAGCAGACUUCGGAUCGUCCAAAAUUAGCAAUCAUCUGUGGCUCAGGUUUGGGGGGUUUGGCUGACAUUGUUGAGGACAGAAUUAACAUUCCGUAUAAGGACGUGCCUGGAUUCCCAGUCAGCACAGUGGCUGGUCAUACAGGACAGUUGGUGUUUGGAAAACUCUCUGGCAAGUCUGUUGUGUUAAUGCAGGGUCGAGCGCAUGUUUACGAAGGAGUUCCUAUAUGGAAGGUGGCUAUUCCAAUCCGUGUCUUACAAGUGUUCGGUGUAAAGACGAUCUUUGUGACCAAUGCUGCUGGAGGGAUUAACCGUGAUUUCAGCGUGGGCGACAUCAUGGUGAUUUCCGAUCAUGUUAACAUUGCAGGGUUCGCGGGUGCGAACCCGCUCGUGGGAUUGAAUGAUGAUAGUUUUGGUCCACGCUUCCCAGCAAUGUCCGAUGCCUAUGACCCUGACCUAAUGCAGCUGGCCAAAAAAGUGGGUCAUGAAUUAGGCCUGGACUCCAUCCUCCGCCAGGGAGUUUAUUCCUUCCUGGUUGGGCCUUCCUUUGAGACCAUUGCAGAAUGUCGUCUGUUGAAGACCCUUGGGGUUGAUGCCACAGGAAUGAGUACAGUUCCAGAAGUUGUGACAGCUCGGCAUUGUGGGAUGCGUGUUUUUGGUCUGUCAUUAAUAACAAACAAAUGUGUCAUGGAGUACAACAUGAGAGAGAAAGCCAAUCAUGAAGAGGUCCUAGAGACUGGGAAGAAAAGAGCCAAAGAUCUCCAGAAUCUUGUCUCCAAAAUGGUGGCCAGUAUAGACGGAAUUUGAUGGAGUUAUAUUAUUAUGAUGGCUUUAGCACGUGAAUGGUUUUGUGGGAUGAGUUGUCCAGUCUACCCAUAAUAAGGGGACCAGUUCAAGUUAUGUGGAUAUAAUAUCUGUAUUUACUUUCUGUAGUGAUGAGAGCAGCUGUGUAUAAAAUAGAUUGGCUGCAAAAAGAACAAAAAAUGGUAACUGGAUAGAUGUAUUUGCUGAAAGAAAAAAAAGCCAAGGUCUCUGUUAUUAGUUUUGUUGUAAUUUUUUGUAUUCACUUUUUUUCUGGAUAUUAAUGUUUUGUUAUUGUGUGCUAUAUUUUAUGUAACAAAAUUAUUUACAGUCGAUAUUUGCAAAUGGUUCCAAAUUUCUUAAGAAUAACAGGUGUGGUGCAUUUUGAAUUCUUAAGUUAACUUUUGUCUUAAUAGCAUUUUACACUUAUCAUUAAUUGUCAUGUUCCUCAAAAUUUUUAAUUUGCUUGUUAGUGUUUUGACAAUUACAUCAGUGUCAAGCUAUGCAUUUGCUUUUAAACACAGGGAAGGGUACACUCUUGCUUUGUUUUGUUGACACUGGUUCGCAGCCCACAGGUUUGUAGCCCACAGGUUUGUUACUGUGAAUUGCAAAUGGGGACCAUAUGACUUUUUGCCAUUUUUUUUUUCUUCUUUUUUAUAUUUAUUCCUUGAUCUGUUGGAUACAUGUACAUUGUGAAUGUCUUUUAUAUUGUUAGUUAACAUGGAAGGUUUUUGGACAAAUAUUUUUAAAUGAAGCCACAAUGUUUUUAGCUGGUUGAAGUAUGUAUGUGUGUUCUGGUCUUAAUACUGAGAAUAAAUAUGCCUACAUUUUGUUUUCUCCACUAUUUUGGUAAUUUUCCUGUGGUAACCGGUGUUAAAGCCAAACCAUAUACAUAGUGAUAUUAACAGACAGGCUAAUCAGUCCCAGAAAUCCAAGUGACCAUAAUAUGUCUUAAUAACCUCAUCAUGUUUCAUCAUGAUAUGUCUGCUGACUUAAUUAUGUAUGAUUUUGUAGGCUGACUUACAUGCAGUAAGAGCCAUUUUUACAAUUUACAGCCAUCCUUUUUCUGUAGUUUGGGGCCCAGUUUCACAAAGGUGUCAUACAUGUUGUGUAUGUGUCAUACAUAAUUGCACAUAUAUGACAAUGGUACGGUAAUAGUGACAUACAAAACAUUGUACAACAAAUGUACUAUAAAAUAAUGUCAUACAUCGCUUCGUGAAACAUGGCGCAGAGUUUUAGGCUCUACUGGCUUUAGUAUUGGUAAUAUUAUGUAUCACAUGGGGAUAAAUAACAUAGCCAGUGUAAUGAAACCAUAAAUUUCUAAUUCAGAACAAAGGAUUUUGAGAUCCAUUGAAAGAUGUUUGUAGAAAUGAGAUUGUUAUUUAGAGACGGGCUCAGAAUCUCUAGAGAACUGAUUUUCUCCACGUUAUUUUAUGCCCACGUUAUAUUAGCCUGUUUGACACCCCGAUCAAAUGUCCCUUUUUUUUUUAGAUUUUUGUUUAGUUUAUACAUUUAUUGAGACGUUACCAAGUCUAGUGUAAGGGGCCAAAGUUAGUAUUUAUAUAGGAUUUGAACAUCAGGUGACAGCAUGUAUAUUUACAUUUACCGGUUGCAUAUUUUUCCAGUUUUGUGCCUUCUGGUGUGGUAUUAUUGUAUGAAAUUUGUUAAGUGUUGAAGAUAGAAUCAUAAACUCAGUUGUUGGACAGGAGUUUCAGUGUAGUGCCCGCAAAAGGCAUUAACCUUACAUAUUUGCCAUAUCUGAUAGAUGUCAUGGACAAUAACAUAUACAUGGAUGUUGACAGUGUACACACAGCUGUCUAGCUGAUCUGUGAGACCACCUGUUCCAAGACUGCCAGGUGCAUAUUACCCCACCUGCACAGCUUUAAAACUUGAUUGAUUUGUCUUUGUGUGAUGUGUUCAUCUAUGGUCAGUUGUUGUGAGGAAUGUGGGGAUAAUUAUGGAUGGUAUGGUGGGUAUGACUAAAAGGCUAUACCUACAUAGAACCUACCUAGAACCCACCUGCCUGAAUGCUGCUUAAUUAAGUCUAUCAUUGCCAUGAAACCUGAAGCAGGACAGCUGUGAAACACUUAAUCAGCAUUGAAUUGUUAGGGUGCUGUAGGGGAGACAUGCUGUUG